GUUCGCUCACUUAGCAUUUUGUAAAUUGAUAAAAAUAAACAAUCAUCAUUUAUAUGUCUGAAAGCAUUCUUUGUUUACAUUUUUUCACACCUGCCUAAAACCUUUGCACAGUACUGUAUGUGCUAAAGUUGUUCCUGGGAUUUAAGUUGCUAUAACUUUCAGACUUCUGCGACCAGUGAAACACAUUUGUCAGCUAAAAAAUGAACCUUUGCUGUCAACAGAUUACAAUUCUGUAUAGAUUGCAGCCGAGAUUCAAAUGUGCUCCGGGCAUCCGGGGCCUUCGCUCUUUCAACAAAUAAAGUGUCUCUUUAAAUCUUAUGCUUCACGUUAAAGCUGCGUGUCACGCAGGGUCACGUGUCUCCGCCACGACUGCAGAUGGUUCCGCCUCCUUGUGAGAGGCUGAAAUAAGCCCCUCCUCCUGGCCGUCUUAUAACAACAGCUGGCAUCUCCCGGAGACUGCUGAGAACAAGCCGAGCUCGGAGACUGGUCUGCGCUUCCAGCUUCCUACCGUCAGAAACAAGCAACAGCAAAAGAAACCCAAUCUUACGUUUCACACAGCUUCACUGCGCAUGCGCAGGUUAGCGGACGGCGCUUUUGUUUUAUCCAGGAACUCUGAGACACUGAAAAGUUUGAAAGAUGACUACUUCAUGGAGUGACAGAUUGCAAAAUUACGCAGACCUGCCAGCUAAUAUGGACCGCCAUGCCAUGAAGAAGUACAGGAGGGAGCCCUACCACAGAAUCUUCGUCAAUAGAAGCUUGGCAAUGGAGAAAAUCAAAUGCUUUGGCUUUGAUAUGGAUUACACUUUAGCGGUCUACAAGUCACCUGAGUACGAGUCACUGGGCUUUGAAUUGACGGUGGAGAGGCUGGUGUCCAUCGGUUAUCCCCAGGAGCUGCUUAGCUUCGUCUACGAUCCAUCAUUUCCAACCAGAGGCCUUGUGUUUGAUACCAUGUAUGGAAACCUACUGAAGGUUGACGCUUAUGGUAACAUCCUGGUUUGUGUCCACGGAUUUAAUUUCCUUCGAGGCCCGGAUAUUCGUGAACGAUACCCAAACAAGUUUAUCCAGAGGGAUGACACAGAGCGUUUUUAUAUCCUUAACACACUCUUCAACCUGCCAGAAACCUACCUUUUUGCUUGUCUUGUGGAUUUCUUUUCCAACUGUGACCGAUACACAAGCUGUGAAACCGGCUUCAAAGAUGGCGACCUCUUCAUGUCCUACAAGAGCAUGUUCCAAGACGUUCGGGACGCGGUGGACUGGGUUCACUUCAAGGGAACGCUGAAGGAGAAAACCGUAGAGAACCUGGAGAAAUACGUAGUGAGAGAUGGGAAGCUCCCGCUUCUCUUGAGCCGAAUGAAUGAAGUAGCCAAAGUUUUCCUGGCUACCAACAGCGACUACAAAUACACGGAUAAAAUUAUGACUUACCUGUUUGACUUCCCCCACGGCCCCAAGCCCGGUUCUUCUCACCGGCCCUGGCAGUCUUACUUCGACUUGAUCCUGGUGGACGCCAGAAAGCCGCUCUUCUUUGCAGAGGGAACCGUUCUCAGACAGGUCGACACGACCACAGGACGUCUAAAGAUAGGAACCUACACAGGACCUCUGCAGCAUGGGAUAGUGUACUCAGGAGGCUCCUCAGACAUUGUGUGCGACCUGCUGGGGGCCAAGGGGAAGGACAUUUUGUACAUCGGGGACCAUAUAUUUGGAGACAUCCUCAAGUCUAAGAAGCGGCAGGGCUGGAGAACGUUCCUGGUUAUCCCUGAGCUGGCCCAGGAGCUGCACGUCUGGACCGACAAAAGCUCACUGUUCGAGGAACUUCAAGGCCUGGACAUUUUCUUGGCAGAACUUUACAAACAUCUGGACAGCAGCAGCAAUGAGAGGCCUGACAUCAGCACUAUUCAGAGAAGAGUCAAGAAAGUCACACACGAUAUGGACAUGUGCUAUGGCAUGAUGGGUAGCCUUUUCCGCAGCGGCUCCAGACAGACUCUCUUCGCCUCCCAGGUGAUGCGCUACGCCGACCUGUACGCCGCCUCCUUCAUCAACCUGCUGUAUUACCCCUUCAGCUACCUGUUCAGAGCAGCACACGUUCUGAUGCCUCACGAGUCGACGGUUGAACACACCCACGUGGACGUCGACUUGGAGUCACCUCUGGCCACACGUAACCGCACCCAAUGCAACGAUUGCAAGGACCUGGAGUGCAAACGCAACCACUUGACCCGCUCCUUCAGUGAGAUCAAGCCUCCCAACCUGUUCGCCCAGGCUCCUCAGGAGAUCACUCACUGCCAUGACGAGGACGACGAUGAGGAGGAGGAGGAGUAAUUAAACACCCCGCAGAGUUGAGCCAUGUUCCUGUUCCCGCCACCUUACGUUUCCCUGUAGAGUCAAAUCGUGAUCGCUCUCCGGGUGAGGCGGCACUGAGAAAUCUCUCCAGAAUGUGUGUGUUUGUGUGUGCUUGUAUUUACUGUAAAUAUAAAGCAAUGCACAUGAGCACACACAUGCGGGAGAUUUCUAAGACAUUUCGGACCAUUAGGGAGAAGAGAUCACGCAGCGGUCAGAAGAAUAACAUGCAUGGUCAGCUCUCGAAACAAAAACACCACCCUGAGCUGUCGUCUCUUCAAACGCUAAUUUUUAAAGUGUUUUUAUAACCAAGUCAUGUUUACGCUGUAAUCCUGCAGAGAUGGUUGUUAUACUGUAAUUCUAACUAUAAAACAAGCUAACUGGAAAUGCACCCUAAAAUCAAUGAGAAUUCUCAUCUGAGUGUCGAAUCAGAUGUUUGGGAACAACAGUCAGCUUUUUAUCCGUUUCAUUUGUUUUCUAACCCCGGCAUAAGGAACUGUAGCAUCCUGAUGGGCUGUAAGGAUUGGUUUUACUGCAUCUCAGGAGCUCUGGAGCACACGGCGGUGUUAAAACAGAUCAAUAUGCAUCAAGUUCAGUGAGGAGGACUGAGGACCGAGUACUGUUGCUGACGUAGUGUUGGCCACGUCGCAAAUGACUCGUCGUGGUUGCGCCACAAGCAAGCUGACAUGCAAUAUUUCCUUUUAGCUCGGGCUGUUUGAAAGAUGAAGCUUGAACAUUGCAUUACACUGUUGAAGAUGUUGAUGAGAAGUGUAGCUGAUUUGCUCAAUGUGAAGGGAUUAUGUUUUAAGAUGCCAAGACGUGAAGCUUUUCAGUGUGCAGAAGGUGUCAUUGGCUUCAGCUUGUUUAUUGGUUUUAGGAUGUGUUUUUAUUGUCACAUAUGCAGAGUUCUCCACAUCGAUUAUGGAAGGAAAUAUGCAGACUCUCUGAAUACAGUCCUCUUUUUGUCUGCCUCUCAACACUGUGAUCACUUCAUUAUAGUCUACGUUCAGGCUGUGGUACUUGACUUUGAAAAAUAUAUUUUAAGGGUUUUGUCUCUUUUUUGAUCAUAGUAGCAUUGAUAUAUUAAUUAUUCUGUGUGUAAUCUUUCUUUAGGUAACAUAUACCGGUAAACAAGGCUACCAUUAUUGUUCAAAUACAAUUUUACACUAAGGUUUGUGUUUUGUUCCCUUUUUACCUACAGUCAGUGCUGCUGCUCCUGUUUACUCUGCUGUAUAAACACUGCAGUGUCAGGAACUUAAAACCCAAACCCAGUCUGCAGUGAGCUUCAAGCAGCUACUGCAGCAACCUGACUUUCUCCGACAUGCAGCUCAGAAAAUUGACGGACAACUGCAAAAUAUUCAUUUUCUCUGGUUUUAUGCAUUCAAGAAAAAUUAACAUGCUUCGUGUGUUAUUUUAUCCACCUUAUUCUUCGAUCCUGUGAAGCAUUGCCUGAGUUCUGUUGGCAACUUCUGGUCCGGGCUUUUCCCUUGUAAACAAGCUGACCUUUGCAGAGCAUGUGAAGGUAAAAAAAAAAAAAUGCGGGAACAUGAGAUGUUAGAUGUUUAAUGAAAUAAUAUCGUCAUACAAGUCCCUUCAUGUUUCAAAGACUGGAGGGAAGACCUGAAGAAAUGGACUCUUAUUACAUAUAAACAGCACAUUUAUCUGUCUGCUCAACUCCACGGCUACAGACAAGAAUAAAGGUAAAAACAUACCUUAA